GGGAGUGUUCCGUCUCAUUCAAGGGGUUUCCUUCUCCAGCGCUGCUGUCAUUUACAACAGGAAAAGACACAAAGGAAGAUCACUGAUGAAGGUGUAAAGCUUACCGCAUGUCAGAGCUGGAUGUGCGCUGGACUGCGUUCAUUCCGCUGGAGGAUCGUCUCAUCGGAUGUCUGGCGCAGGUGGAUCAUUUACCGCAUUGAUCAGCUGAGCCUCGAAAAUCAGCAUCAGCAUCCGUCGGUCUGAGUGUUUGCUAAGUGGACUGAGCCAUAAACAGGCUUCCUGUCUGGAUCUCUGCCACCGCUCUCUUCCUGAUCUUCUUUCCCUGGAUCCUGACCAAGUCCGGCACCUCAGGCUGAAGAACUCCACCGACAUCCCAGACCGGAGCUUUGAAACGUGAGACUCGUGCCCCGUCCAGAAGCGCCAGAGCCCUCAGGGCCCACGGGCACAGCGGCACUUUAGGACUGUCUGCUAGUCAUGAGUGAAUUCUGGUUGUGCUUCAACUGCUGUAUCGCCGAGCAGCCGCAGCCGAAGAGGCGGAGACGUAUAGAUCGGAGUAUGAUCGGCGAGCCAACCAAUUUUGUUCACACGGCCCAUGUAGGCUCUGGAGAUCUCUUCACUGGCAUGAACUCUGUGAACUCAAUUCAGAACCAAAUGCAGUCAAAAGGAGGCUAUGUAGGAGAGGCCAUGUCUGUUAACGUACAGAUGCAGCUGGUGGAUACAAAAGCGGGAUAAUUCGUGUUGUUGGAAGGGGGUCCCGUGAUGUGCUAUUUCUACUCUCUGGUUCCCGCUCUCCGCGUGCCCUCGGCAGCAACUUUUCACCUCAUUCUUACCCAGCAAACACAUGGACAGUUGUGCACUCCAUGGUACAGAGGACGUCCUGCCCGUCGGACAGCAGGAUCCCGCAGCGCUUCAGUGUCGUGUCCGUUACUGCUUCAUCGCAUGCCCCUCGACGCCCACCAGCCCAGAGUGCAAAGUGUGUCCCUGCUUUCUUCUGUGGUUUGCCGUAAACUCUUUUAUCAUGCGCAUUUGUGGGUCUGGAACCAAUACAAACAGUUGUUUUGGGUUGGUUCUCUUCUGUUUGCUCAUUUCGGCAUGAAAAGACUGCUUUUCAUUUUCGAUUUAACGAUCGGCGCGGAGCCGACGACAAUGUUUGUAUGAGAAAGUGACUGGUUGCAGUCAUGCGGUGCCAAACUGCUCAGUGCAAUGGAAUGACGAGAAGUACUUUGUGUUUUUAACGUGAGCACAACAAAUGCCAUUUUUAAGGAAAUGUGAUUGUUACUUUGCUGUUUACAAUGUUUGCAUUUCCUGUUUUCAUUGUCAUGAUUUUUCUAAUUAGCAUAAUCACUGAUGUUGAAAGGCAUGAGUGGCGUUUCACCCUCUGCUGUCUGCUGUGUCAAUGUACGUCCGUAACUUGAUGUAAAGCAACUAAAGCUAUAGAUAGUGUACAGAUAAAGUGUAUAAAACGAUUUUGAUUAGUUCUAGUGCUCUUUAUCGACGUAGCUACAAUUACAAGGGCAUUUCAAUAAAUAAGGUAACGAGAACUGUGAUGUGAGUACAUUUACUCAGGUAACAUGGCCACAAAACAGCGUCCAGUUUGAAGAUGGACUCAUUGAGAUGCACAAGAAGAUCCUAUUUCUGCAUGUAAAAGCAUGGAGCCUCUAAAAGGACAUAGUGAUGGAAAACAUGAGAUGGGAGGAAGAAAUUAUGUCAAUGCUUUUGCAUUCCCCUGAAAAACUUUGUGCAUCUUUACAUCUUGCAUGCUUUUGGUUGCAAAAGUAUUGCAUUCCCCCCAAAAACAUAGAAAUAAAGUUUUUUCCCUCUACACUGUAAAAAAAAAAAAAAUGUGGCUUCAACUUAAAAUAAUUUGUUACCUGGCUGCCUUAAAAUUUUAAGUUUAGUCAACUCAAAUAAAUUUAGUUAACUUGAAAUGUUAAAACUACUUAGAUAGAAGUAACAAAUUAUUUUAAGUUGAAGCCACUAUUUUUUUUUUUACAGUGUACACUGUAAAAAAUAAAAAACAGCUUAAAUCAGCUUAAAAUAAUUUGUUACCCUGCUGCCUUAAAAUCAACUAAAAUAAGCUUAGUCAACUUGAAAUGUUAAGUUGUACUAAGUAACAACUUAGAUAUUUGUGUUUGCUAAACUUAACAGAUGGGUAAGUAACCCAGCUGCCUUAAAAUUUUAAGUUGAUUCAACUCAAAUAUCUAAUUUGCCACUUUAACAUUUCAAGUUGAAUAAACUUUUUUUGAGUUGACUGAACUUAAAAUUUUAAGGCAGCCAGGUUACAAAUUAUUUUAAGUUGAUUCAACAAAUUGUUUUUUACAGUGUAGAGGGAAAAAACUUUAUUUCUAUGUUUGUUUGAGGAAUGCAAUACUUUUGCAACCAAAAGCAUGCAAAAUGCAAAAGUGAAACUUUCGGGCGAAUGCAAUACUUUUGUGAGCAAAUAUAGAUUUUCUUAGGUGAAUGCAAAAAAUAUUGAAGUAAUUUUGCCCUCCAUAUCUUUUUUUUUUU